GGCGGGAAACUACAACUCCCGGCAUGCCCCGGGCGCCCCCGGCGCGCCCCCCUCCCGUCAGUUCCAUGCUGCUCCAUCCAGUUCAUUUAAAACAAAAGAGUUUGAGCGCUGGAAGGGGCUGGGCUCUAUUGGGGGCCACUGAGCGCCGCUCCUGGACUGGGGCUCGGUGCGGGAGCCUAAGGGGGGCGUCUGGACGGUGGGGUCUAGAGACUCCCGGGACCGAGGCGGGAGGGGUGGGGGCAGAGAUCCCGCAGCCCCCCGCCCCCCGUCACCCCCGGAGAGGAGAGGAGAUCUGCUUUCUUGGUUUUGCUUCUCUUUCCCCCCACCCCCACCCUGGGGGCUGGGGCGAGGGGAGUCGGGUUACAGGGUGUUUGGGGAGGGGGGCUUAGGGGGAGGGUCUAUCUUUCUAUCUCGCUUUCUUCCCCCCUCCCCAGUUCUUUGUUCCCCCCUCCCCACACACCCCCCUCCUCUCCUCUCCCCUCCCCUCCUCUCUCCUCUUUUCCCUUCCACCACCUCUCUCUCUCUCUCUCUCUCUCUCCCUCUCUCUCUCUCCCCCAGCUUUUGUUUCGCCAUGCCUAGUCUAGUGGUAUCUGGAAUAAUGGAAAGAAAUGGGGGCUUUGGAGAACUAGGAUGUUUCGGGGGAAGCGCUAAGGACCGAGGGUUGCUGGAAGACGAGCGCGCCCUUCAGCUGGCUCUCGAUCAACUCUGCCUCCUGGGUUUGGGGGAGCCCCCCGCCCCCACGGCGGGCGAGGACGGGGGAGGUGGGGGGGGCGGCGCCCCCGCGCAGCCGGCCGCCCCCCCGCAGCCGGCCCCGCCGCCGCCGCCCGCGGCGCCCCCGGCAGCCCCGACGGCGGCCCCCGCGGCGCAGACGCCCCAACCCCCCACCGCCCCCAAAGGGGCCAGCGACGCCAAGCUCUGCGCUCUCUACAAAGAGGCCGAGCUGCGCCUGAAGGGCAGCAGCAACACCACCGAGUGUGUACCCGUGCCCACCUCCGAGCACGUGGCCGAGAUCGUGGGCAGGCAAGGCUGCAAGAUUAAGGCUCUGAGGGCCAAGACCAACACCUACAUCAAGACGCCGGUGCGAGGCGAGGAGCCAGUGUUCAUGGUGACCGGGCGGCGGGAGGACGUGGCCACAGCCCGACGCGAAAUCAUCUCAGCAGCUGAGCACUUCUCCAUGAUCCGGGCCUCCCGCAACAAGUCGGGCGCCGCCUUUGGCGUGGCGCCUGCUCUGCCCGGCCAAGUGACUAUUCGUGUGCGGGUGCCCUACCGCGUGGUGGGGCUGGUGGUGGGCCCCAAGGGGGCAACCAUCAAACGCAUCCAGCAGCAGACCAACACGUACAUUAUCACGCCAAGCCGGGACCGCGACCCGGUGUUCGAGAUCACCGGUGCCCCGGGCAACGUGGAGCGUGCGCGCGAGGAGAUCGAGACGCACAUCGCGGUCCGCACAGGCAAGAUCCUCGAGUACAACAAUGAAAACGACUUCCUGGCCGGGAGCCCCGACGCCGCGCUUGAUAGCCGCUACUCCGAGGCCUGGCGGGUGCACCCGCCUGGCUGCAAGCCCCUCUCCACCUUCAGGCAGAACAGUCUGGGCUGCAUCGGCGAGUGUGGAGUGGACUCUGGUUUUGAGGCCCCGCGCCUGGGCGAGCAGGGAGGGGACUUUGGCUACGGAGGGUACCUGUUUCCUGGCUAUGGCGUGGGCAAGCAGGACGUGUACUACGGGGUGGCGGAGACUAGCCCCCCUCUCUGGGCGGGCCAGGAGAACGCCACGCCCACCUCAGUGCUCUUCUCUUCCGCCUCUUCCUCCUCCUCCUCUUCCGCCAAGGCCCGCGCCGUGCCCCCGGGCGCGCACCGCUCUCCUGCCGCCUCUGCGGGGCCUGAGCUGGCAGGACUCCCGAGACGCCCGCCGGGAGAGCCGCUCCAGGGCUUCUCUAAACUUGGGGGGGGCGGCCUGCGGAGCCCCGGCGGCGGGCGGGAUUGCAUGGUGUGCUUCGAGAGUGAGGUGACUGCCGCACUCGUGCCCUGCGGACACAACCUGUUCUGCAUGGAGUGUGCAGUACGCAUCUGCGAGAGGACGGACCCGGAGUGUCCCGUCUGCCACAUCACAGCCACGCAAGCCAUCCGAAUAUUUUCCUAAGCCCCCUGCCCCUUGCCGCCUGGGGCCACUCCCCAGGGGCCCUUCUUGGAGCUGUGUUCCACUAGGGCCUUUUGGAAAUCAGUGAUUUGAGGGGCAAGGUGCUUAGAGAUGCUCGCUCUCUGGGGAGGGGGGAGGGGAGGCGAUGGUGGCUGGAGGGUGGACCACUUUCAGAGCCUCUGGUCACCCUGUCCUGGAAAGGCUGGGAGGGGGCCAGGCCGGAAAUUUUACUAGAGUUACAACUCUGAUACCUCAACACACCCUUCAGUCUGGAAGCAGCUAAGAGAAACUUCUGUUUUGCCAGAGGUGGCCGCUAAGGUAUCCUGACCCCCUCUCCACCUACCCUUAUGUGUGUCACACUACCCUUUCCUCUGUGGAGGGGAUGGGGAAAGGGAGAGGGAGAAUUACCAUCUGUAUCUAGAGGUGCUCUAACAAUCCCCAAGCCCUCUGGUCCUGACCUCUGACCUCCAACCACGACCCUUUAGACCCUCCACCGCCGUAUCCUGUUUGGGAAUCUGUUCCUGGGUUUCCAGCAGUAUAAGGGGGUUGGGGCCCUUUUGGAAGUCGGGAUAGAUUUUCUAAGGGGGAAGGGGAGGAAGUAUGUCAACCAAUAAAGGGCUCAGAACUCAUCUAUCCCCACAAAGCUGGGCUAGAGGAAUCUGGAGAGGGGGUGUGCUCUCUGCCCCUUGCAGCUUUUCCCUCCACUCUCUCCUCCCCAUCUUUCUUCCCUUUGGGUUUUCCUCACUCCUUUGUUCUCUCCCCCAACUCUCCUCUUUGCUUCCCCUGGCUGGCUGUCACAACCAGCCCUGUCUUGCUCUUUCUCUUUCUUCCCUUCUCCCCCCUCCCUCCUGCUCCUUCCAGCCCAGCUUUGGGGACACCAUCCCCCUGGGGAGAAGUAGGGGGAAGAACAAUUUGAUGGUCCCCCCUAAUUCCUCUUCUGGCAUCCGGAGGCCCUCUCUCGUACUCCUCCAAAGAAACACCUCAAAUUCUUGAUGGAAUGUAUCCCUGUUCUCAGUGAAAAUUUGAGAAGGGGACCAAUACUGGGUUACAUAAAGGGUCAAACCUCCACCUUUAUCAUCUUGGGGCAUUACAUUUAGGGAACAGUUCUUGGGCUGGAUUUUCUGGUGGUGGGAGGGGGAGAGCCAGGGUAGUGUGUCUGCAGUUUUGAGCAGGAAAGGGCCUGAGGCCAUAGGAGAGGCUGCUGGGGGGAGGGGCUGCUCCUCCUCCCCUGCAGUGCCCCACUCCAUGCGCCCCUCUCUGGACCUGACCUGAACCCUUAUUAGCACGUUAAUCAUGAAGUCUCUGUCUCACUCUUUGUGGGUGAGGAGAGAGACCAGGUCUUCAGAGAGGGGUCAAUCCAGAGCCAAGCAGGAUUGGGGUACAGCAGGGCCUGUUCUGAGAAUCAUGUAUGAUUUUAGGCCUUGCACCCCCUUUGCUGCUUCCCUACUGCUCAUCUGGGGCAGCCACCAGCCUCCCGCCCUCCUGGGUUCCGCUGGCCGGGCCAGGAGAGGAUGGGGGAUGGGAGUCCCGUGGGGGUCCUAGGAGAUUCUUGUAUAUAGUAGGGUGGGACUCUUCUAAGUGAUCUCUGAGCACUUAAGCUCCAGAGUCCCAUUCUUUCUGGAUGGAGAGGGGGUGCAGGGAUGGGGGUACAGAGGGGAUUUCCUCCUCUCCUUCCUCCUGUUGUGAAUUAACUCACCUCUCCUCAGCCUUCCCCUCCAGACCACCAGCCAGGGAGGGGAGCGGAAGGAGGUCACAGCCAGGAACACUGGCCUGUGACAACUUCCCUCCUUCCCGCCAAUGUGAGCCAUCCUGAGAUGUCUGUACAAUAGAAACCAAACCAAAUGGGCACCCCUCGGUCGCCGAGGGGGGUGGGGAGGGGGGUGGGAAGAUGGGAUGUCUGUCUGUCGAUCCCCCUCCCCCUCUCCACUCUACCCACAAAGGCAGAAGACUGUUACACUAGGGGGCUCGGAAAAUUCAAUCCCACUCUUACUAAUUGAGCCAAACCUAGAAACAAACGCAAAACACAUAGUGAGAGACAAGAUAGAGGAGAGAAAGAGAGCGUGAGAGGGAGCGAGAUAGGUGACCAACACAGAGGAGAGAAAACAAAAAUAGCAAAAAAAAAAAAAAAAAAAACAGUUCUUUAUAAUUUAAUAUUCUAUUUUAAUAAAGGCGUUUAUUACCGUAUAAAUGUAGCAAAGAACCUGGGCUAAUAUGAAAAAAAAGACUUUUUAUUAGGUAAUUUAUUAUAUGAAAAGGAUAUUUUAUUUUAUGAUAAAGUGAUCCUUAAAAAAAAUAAAAAAACUUUAGAAGGUUUAGAAUAUAUGUAGGGAGAGAAGAAAAAAAAUACAUUUGUAUUCAGAGUUAAAUCUUAAAAAAGUGUUUUUAAUAUAUGUUCGGGUUUACGUUCCUUUUUCCCCCCACUUUUUUUUUGGGGAGGAAUGUCAUUUGCUUUUCCGGGGGAGCAUCCUGGGAUGGAUCGUGGAGACAGGGGCUAGGGGAACUUGGUCCCUCUGGGGCCCUGCAAGUAGAUUGGAUUUCACUCCCGGGGCUCCCCCUCCCCUCUACCCCUCCCCCUCGGGGGGAGCCGGCAGAGCCAAACAAAGAAAGGGAUUAAGGAGAAAGGAAGAAGUUGGAGGACUGAGGACUGAGGAUCCUGGGGUGUCCCCCCCCUUCCCCUGCCCUGUCCCAGGGGCGAGUGAGAAGGGCAAGUCCAGAACUGAGGCCUAGCAGGCCUCCGGGAACCCUCAGAGAGGUGUGAGAUUUAAGAGAAAUAGUUUUUUUUGUUUGUUUGUUUUUUUAACCAAAAAUGAGAGAGAGAGAAGAAAAAGAAAGAAACCGAGGGGUUUAAAAGAAAAGAAUACUACAAAAUAAUAAUUAUAAUAAUAAUAAUAAUUCAAAUUUAUUUCAUAUAAUCCUAGAGAAAAAGAGAAAGAAUUACUAGUUACUUAGUAGAUGAUAUUCAGAUAGCUUAAAGUUUAGUAGCAUUGAGGGCCCCUGGGUCCAGUAGAAUGUAUAAAAGUCAUAACGAAAAGGAAAAUAGAGGAGGGAAGUGGCUGAGUCCACCCUGAGCCGCUCCAUCUUCAGGUAUCAGGGUGGGAGCAGGUUGCUAGGUAAGGUUAGGAGCUUCCUUCUAGUCUGCUGGGGUUGAUUCUGAGAAUCCUUGGAUUUUUAAAUUAUAGGACAAAUAGAUAAGGGGCUCAGUUCCCAGGGUCUUUGAAAGGAUGAACAGUGGUCAUUUCAACCAGAGGAGAGCUGGGCUAGGGACAGCAGAGGAGGGAGAGCACAUUCACCUGCACCCCUGCUCUGCACCCCAGUACCUGAGGGCCUGGCCAUCCUGGCCUUUCCUGUCUGUUGGGCAGCCCUUACUCCGAAUGUGUCCUCUUGGGGUUCUCUGGGAGGGUGGAGACUGCCCAGCUCCAACCCUCCUGAGGCAACUUCUCCCAGGCCUAACUGAGGAAGUCCUUCUUGAAGUAUAACCUCAAUCCACUCCACCUCAGAUUGAUUCAAGAGCCUGGUAGGUCAUUUCACCAACAGACACACAUGCUCACGCUUCUUUCUCAGAGCUUCAAGGGGACUGAGGGGGUAGUCUGUCCCCUUUCCUUGUUCCCACCCAAUAUUCUACUUAGCUUCCGACCUCCAUGGCAGCAGGUGGAGGAACCCACUCAAUAAUCGUUCUCCUUUAAAGCUGCACUGUGCUUUACAGCUUUGCAAAAGUGCUUUAUUAUCUCAUAGAAGUUAGAUUUCAAGAAGGACUUCCCACCCACUGGGGUAGAGCAGAGAUGCUGUCCUUAAAGGCCUGGGAGAACUGGUCCCCAAGGGUACAAAGGCAGGGGGAGGGCAGGCAGCAGCGACUUUGGGUGACCCUGACCCUAAUGCUCUGUUCUAGUGCACUUCCAUCUGUAAGUGUUCAGGUAGGGGUCAUCCACUGUGCCCCGGCCCCAGGGCACAUCACCCUCCCCGCAGAAAACUGGGGAGCUUGGCUUUUGCUUGUGAGAAAUCAACUCGUUUUUUAAGCACUUGCCUUCUACCAACCCCAGCUUGCAAUCAGGUCGGGCCCCUCCCUCCUACCCAAGGGGGUGUGGAGGCCCCUUGGCUCUUGGCAAGAAGAGCCUGCUCCAUGACACCAACGACUGUCAUGCCCCUCCCUGGCCCUAGACCCCAAACACACAGCUCCCUCUCCCCAGUUUACUCUUCUCACCCCACCUAGGGACAGAUAUCCCCCCUGCUCUUUUUGUCCUAGAAACCCCGCUAGUUUGGGAAGGUAGCGUCUGGGGUGGGGAGGGCUUCCCCUUCCCCGCUCGAG